UUUCGCGUCUCUGCAUGCACGCCAUGUGUCCCACCUGAGCCAUUCUCUUAGACAUCUGUAGAGUCUUACAUAGUCCAGCUAUCAAAACAACCGAAAUCCAUCCGACCUCUAUCCUAUAAAUACAUAGAUAAGACUUAAAAGAGUAUAUAAAUAGAGAGGUGGAGGUGUGAGUACUUAUUGGUAGUGCAUGAUGGCUGGGACUGUUGGGAGGAGCAUGAAGGUGAUGGUGGCGAUUGACGAUAGUGAGGGGAGCUUCCAUGCGCUCCAAUGGACUCUUGAUAACCUAUCCAACGUUAUCCGCGCCACACCGAUUGAUGAUGGCAUGGUAACUCUAGUUCAUGUUCAAGAGCCCUUCCAACACAGAAUUUUCCCUGUUGGGUCUGCUGCUUCCACAGCUGUUUAUUUAACGUCUACAGCGGUAGAGAAUAUAAGGAAAUCCCAGCAAGAAAAUUCGGCCAGAAUACUCUCUCGGGCAUUGCAGAUAUGCGAAGCUAAGAUGGUGAAAGCGGAAACUCUGAUUCUUGAUGGGGAGCCAAGGGAAAUGAUUUGUCAGGCAGCAGAGCAGAUGAACGUUGAUCUCCUUGUCGUUGGAAGCAGGGGCUUUGGCAUGAUUAAAAGAACUUUAUUGGGUAGUGUAAGCGACUACUGCGCUCAUCAUGCCAAAUGUCCAAUCCUCAUCGUAAAGCCACCGAGGGAGCAGCAGCAGAAGAGCAAGUAGCUGCGAUGAGGGUUUGUUGCUGCUGUUAUGAAGGGUGGUGCUCAUGACUCAUGAGCUCAUCUUCGUUUGUGUUGUAAUACUAUUGUUAAAGUACAUGUAAUUAAGUAAUUUGGUUUCCCUUUUUAAGAUACAAGAAACAUACAUUAAUGUUGUGUGUAAUAGCUUGUAUAUAUAAAAUAAAUAAAUGAGUCGA